UUCACCGCACCUGGCGUCCGAUCAACCGUGUAAACAUGGCGGACUCUGGCGGUGAGAGCUCCAGUAGCGGCAGCUCGUCGGACAACCUUCUCGUGCGAAAGCAGCGGCUUCUCGGUUCGACCGUGAAAAAGCAGAUGAUGCUGACACCAGACGCUAUAUGCGAUCGUUGCGAAAGCUUGCUCGAGCCGGGUGGCGUAAGUUUCGCGUGCACGGGUGCGUGCUUUCGCAAGUUCCACACCACGUGUUGUCCGAACGAGAUGCAGUCAUCGUCGUGGCAAUGCGUUGAGUGUCGGACAAACUCGCACCAUUGCUUUGUGUGCCAGGACUCUGUUGAGGGGCGAAACCAGCAUAGCGAACCGAUCGUACAGUGCCGUGCUGCCGGGUGCGGCAAGUUCUACCACGUUUCGUGUGUGACGCGACUGCCUUUGACCCGUGUCCUUGAAGGCGAUUUUGCGUUCAUUUGUCCCUUGCAUACGUGCCAUCAAUGCGAAGGCCAGAGCAGCGGCGCGACCGAUCAAGCUAUUCGAUGCACGCGGUGUCCGCGGGCAUACCACGCCACGUGCUUUCCGCCAUCAGGCUUCAAGCGUUUAUGUUCCACUCGCGGCCUGUGUCAUGCCCAUCUGAGCGCCACCGAUCGACCAGCGGCGCUGUCAUCCGUGGUGGACGACGACAAACGGGCCAAAAAAGAACACAAAAAGGACAAACGCGACAAGAAAAAGAAGAAAAAGAAAGACAAAAAGCAGAAAAAGGACAAAAAGUCAACCUCGGUCGACGACGCCCCAGGCAACACUGACCGCUCAACAGCGCCCCCAUCCAUUUCCGGUCUGGACUCGCUGCUCAAUCCGACACAACCAGGAUCCCUUCAUCAGUCCGUCUUGUCCAUGCCGUCGGUAUUGAAUGUCCCGACCGCACCCCUCCUUCUAUCCCCUUUAUCGACAACUUCGUCAUCCACCAUGCCGCUCUUUCGUCCGCUGCAAGAGCGAGCAAAGUCGGCGGUUGCAUUGGGCAACCUCAAACCACCACCACCCGCCAUGGAGCCUGUUCAAGCGUCCGUAAAACCCCCUUCGCCGCCACCGCCACCUGUAGAGCAGUCCACUCCGUUACCCCUCAACAUUACGAUUCCAACAGCGUCCGUUCCAGAUACCGAUGACGCCAAGGCGCUGAGUGCACGCAACAAGAAGAAGAAGAAAAGGAAACGAGUGCGCGCCGUCGUGGUGACGCCGACGGAGGAAGACGCCAAGUGGGUGCAAUGCGACAAAUGCAAAAAGUGGCGCACCGUGCCGGAAGAACUCGAUCUUACAGCCAUGUCCAACAAGGCAUGGUACUGCCCCAUGAACGACUGGGACGUGCGGUACGCGUCAUGCGACGUUCCAGAAGAAGUCGUUGAACCGAAAGUGAAGAAAGCCAAGAUAGACGACGACAACGACGACAUGGAAGAUUUUCCCGCGACCCCAAAAGCUAUGGGGGGCACCGCCGCCCCAGCUGCGCUGGCGCAAGACACCGCGCAGUCACAGUCGUCAGCAUCGGCGUCCAUGUCUUUGGCAUCCUCGACCUUCACCAAGUCGGAGCCAGAGAAAAAGGAAGUGAAAUUGACCAAGAAGCAGCGCGCCAAGUUGAAAGCGAGUCAACCACGAGGACAAAAAGCAGCGUCUGCUGCAGGUGCAGUUGGUUCGCCCGGCGCAAAGGAAAUUGAGUGGGUUCAGUGUGACGUCAAGUCGUGUGGCAAGUGGCGGGUCGUGCCGUCCUCCAUCGACAUUUCGUCGCUACCGAUCAAGUGGUACUGCUCGCUCAACACGUGGGCGCCGUCGCUGGCCAACUGUUCCGUCGAGAAUCCAUCGGAUGUCGAGUCGUUGUGGCAGAGCAAAGCUGUCAAGUCAUCGCCCCCACCUACGAAACAAACGGCAGCAGCGGCGAAUCGACAAGGCAAGAGUAGUCCACGAAACCAAAGCGUGCAGCUGCAAGGGUCCGUGCCCACCGUCGUCGACGUCGUGGCUACGUUGCCUUUGUCAUCCGUGGACAGCGCGUCAGUCGACAGCCCCCUCGGCAAGGCCAAAAAGGUGAAAGCGCCCGAGUUGAUGCCGGUCUUGGAAUGGGCGCAGUGCGAAAAGUGCAACAAGUGGCGAAAACUCCCCGCCCACGUCAAGUCGGCCAACCUACCAGACAAAUGGUAUUGCUCCUUGAACCACUGGAACCCAGCAGUCGCGAGCUGCAGUGUCCCGGAAGAGACAGAUCAAGAGCACGUGCCUGCGCGGGCUCCCAUCCCAAUUGGACCUCGUCCUAAGAGAGGCAAGCUGUGCUACCGGGAGCUUUUGUAUGCAGGCAACGGCCAACUUCGCAAAGCGUUUACGGAAGAGUCGUCCACGUUAUCGUUUGAAUACGAAGGCAAACUGUACCAUCGCGACGACCAGUACCGCAAUAGCUCCAUGUACUUGGCGCCGUCCGCGUCGGGACCACCCAAACCUUCGGCGGACGAGGUACAGGAUUGCACAAACGCCAUCGACUCGACCGACAGCAGCGCCGGGUUGUCCCAACCAGAAGAAGACCAUCUCAAGUAUCUGCUGCACGGGAUUCUGAAAGCCGACACCGAACAAGCGGGAAAAAGCAUGCUCGAUUUGGUGGCGGCUCUCCACAAUGACAAAGCUGUGGUUCGACAUCCUCCGGUCUAUUACUCGUAUGCGACGGUCGCCCGCGCUGUCCAAGCGAUGGUGGCGUCGGGGGACAUGGAAGAGUUUCGCGACGACCGCUUGGUGACGGUGACCGUUCCGAUGCAAAUCAGCUCGUAUGCCAGUGCGUACUACGUGGCAGGCGAGAGCAACCACGAGAAUCGGACGUGGAAGGAGCGGCACACGGGUCCGCACCUCCUGUAUCGGCGCCGGAUUCAGUACAAGAAACCCCUCAAGCUUGCCAAGCCGUGGAAGCAACAGGGAUUUGCAGGGUGGGGGGCUUGACCCGAUAUCACGAGAUAGACUAGACCGUGUUUGUGUUAUCGAUGGUGUGUACGCAUCCACGAACGACGUC